CCCCCCCCCCCUAGGGUCGGGGCACCCAGCUCUCUCCCUCUCUCUGGGGUCGGGGCACCCAGCUCUCUCUCUCUCUCUCUCUCUCUCUCUCUCUCUCCCUCUCUCUGGGGUCGGGGCACCCAGCUCUCUCUCUCUCUCUCUCUCUCUGGGGUCGGGGCACCCGGCAUACCUUUGGGAGGGGGAAGGUCGGUGAGAGCCGCCGAGCCUCGGGACUGGAGGGGCAGGGACAGCCGCGCGUCCCCUACCCGUUGGGUGUCGGUGUGAGGCUUCCCGUAGCCGCUCAGCCCCGCCGCACGCCAUGAACGACUCCCAGUGCCUGGACGACCUGCCGGUGGUGUCGCGGUGGACGGCGGCGGCCAAGCGGGAGGUGGGCGUGCGGGACUUCUACAGCGAGAGCCAGCGGCUGGCGCUGGAGGAGCUGGUGGCCGGUGGCCGGGAGGCUUACCUCGCCUUCCUGCACCGGGAGAAGAUGCCGGGCUUCCUAUCGGCCGCUGAGAUCGCCGACAUCCUGGGCUCUGCCGUCAGACCCUCCGAGUCUUGCAACGAGUCCCUGGACCAGUCUUUCAGCGGCUCCCAGGGUCAGUCCACCGGCACCUACUUCCCCGAUGCUUCGGACAUCGAGGUUCCCGAUCUGGACCUGGGCUGGCCGGUCUUCCCGCACAACUGGUACCGAGGGGUGACCCAGGUGGAAGUCUAUUUUCAGCCCAGCUACGGGGAGCUCAUCUACAGCUGCAAGGAGGCGAUCAGGAACCUGAUCAGGAAGGCAGAGAAGGUUAUUGCACUGGUAAUGGACUCGUUCACAGAUAUUGACAUUCUCCAGGACCUCCACGAAGCCUGCAGGAGGAGAAGAAUCCCUGUCUAUAUUCUUCUCGAUCAGUCUGGCCUCCCACAGUUUCAGCAAAUGUGUCAGGAUGCUGGUGUCUGGGUUGAGGAGGAGAGGAAGAUGAGAGUGCGCACCUUGAAGGGAUGUACUUAUUACACAAGAACAGGAGCCAAAGUUAUUGGCAGAGUCCAUGAAAAAUUCAUGUUAAUUGAUUGUGAAAAAGUAGCUACAGGCUCCUACAGCUUCACUUGGACAGAUGGCAAGCUGAACCGCAGUAAUCUGACAGUUCUGUCGGGGCAGUUGUCCGAGUUUUAUGAUGAAGAGUUCCGAAUACUGUACGCCCAGUCAGAACCAAUACCGCUCAAGCACACAGACUACGGGAACCGUGCUAUUUAUGAGGAGUUCACGAUGAAAAGAUUGCUGUCCAAAGAUCCCACAGUCGCUAACACUUUAAGACAAGGAAUUGUGGAGUGUUCUCCAAAUAAGCGCAAACCCGCUGAGAAAAGGCCGCGCCCACAGAGCUCUGUCAGUUCAACAGAUCAGUGCGUGUGUGAAGCAUCGGCCCCGGCUGAUAAUGCCCCUCCAAUAAAUGAGGAGGUGAAGAGUGUUUCUACACAGACUGAGCUAGAAUGGUUGUCGGAGACCACAGUGAAUGGAGCUUCCACACAAACCUGUAUUUUAAUGAAGGAGAUGGAAACCCAAACCUCGUUCUUCUCAAAAUCAUCUACAGCUCAGACCUCUGCUGGUACUGGAAUCAUUCAACGGGCUCAAAUAAUAGCUUCAGUGCCAGAGACAUCCACAGAGGUGACUAAAGGAGAGUCAACUGACUUGGGCAAUUUGCCUCCUGCCUCCACCGCAGAAUCCACCAAUAGUUCGAGUACUUCAUCUGGCACCACUGUUUCUGAGAGUCAGCCAUGCUCCAAAGCUGUCAGGUAUCCUCGAGUGGACCUCCGCUGUGCUGACUCCUCCCUAAAGAACUACUUUCAGAAGCUGACCAAAGAGCGACAGUUGCAUUACUCUGUCAUUCGCUCAAAGCUGAACAACAUGGUUGCCAUCCUCUCGAGAAACCAGCACCUGAGCGUUAUCCAUAGCCGAGGGCCAGGCCAGUACAAUGUGAGGGAUAAGAGAGAGUUGAUGAGCAGGAGCAGGGUCUUCGGAUUCAGGGAUGCACCCAUGCUGGCUUCAUUGGCACUGCGAAAUUGAAUCUGUGCCCAAUCACCUAUGCAGUUAAAUAUGGACAGGCAAUGCAAUGAAUAGUAUUUGCUCCUUGGAUGAAGUGUUUUUGUUUGGCCUGCAGGUUAAAUGUUCGGUUGUUUGUGCCAGUAUGCACUUCGUUUCUUACGACAGAGCCAGACUGUCAACGGUUUUGACGCAUUAUUUUUCUUGAAUCACUGUCAUCUUUUUAUUCAAAAAAAGGGAAUCUUUACCCCCUUGUCUUAGCUGUGCACCAGCGUUUAGCUGUCUCGCCUCUGAAUUGAGAGAUUGUGGGUUCAAGCCCCACUCAAGACUCCGGGCUUGCACUGUGUUGCAGGACUGAAGGAGUUCUAUAUUGUCAGACGUGCCACCUCUUGGACGAGAUGUUGAAUUGAGGCUCCUGUCUCCACCUGCCUCCAAGGGUAGAUAUGAAAGAUCCCAUGUAAUGAAAAGCACUGUUGUUUUAUAUAACCACUUUAUAAGUGCUGCCUUUCUUUUUUCGCCUGUGGUACUUGGUUUUAUUUUGAGAAACAAAGAUUUGUGCUAAUGAUUGAUGGAAUCAAGAGUGUGAAACUAUUGUUGUGGAAACUUAAAAAUGACACUGGGGUGGAUUAUGAUAGCAGUCUGAAGAAAUAUUCUCCUGGAGGACUUGAAUGACUUGGCAUUUGUUUUUGCUUCCUUAAAGUAAGGAACAACAUAUUGAAAAAUUCAAAUACAUUACCUCAGUUGCUUUGAGGGGCAGAAUACGAUUUUGUCACAUAAUUAACUUCACUGCUUUUGAAACUUGAUCACAUUGAAAUGAAGAACAUUUUGGUCUUCCGGCUUAAAGAUGAAAGGAGAGGAAUUUUCUUUCUUGGUCUUGAUUGCUUUGACCCAAGUUCAAGAACUAACAUCCACAAUCCCUCAGGAAAAAAACAAGUAAAAAAAAUUUUUUUUUUUCAGGGUACAAUCAUGAUGUGUGUAACUUUUUAGUAAUAUUGGAUAUAAUAUUGGCCUUCCUCCUCUUUAGCUUUAUUUAAUACUAUUAAUGUAUCCUUCUAUUUCCUCUAUCAAUAUAUCCUUUUUCUUUAUUAUCACCACUCAUCCCCCAUAUUUAUCCAGCUUCCCUAUAAAUGCAUCUACAUUGUUCAUCUUAAUCAGCCCUUGUGGUGAGCUCGGUGUUCACCCACUCCUGAAUAAAGAGGUUACUCAUAAAUUGCAUUAUUUCAUUUAUUAACCUUGUGAUCCCCAGUUUUUGACUCUCCCCAGUUUCAAACAAAUUUACCAAGUGUACUUUCAUUAAUUUUAAAUGCAGUUUAAUGGAUUUAGUUUUGGAUGUCAUUUUGUAAAUCUGUGUGUAAAGACCUGAAAACCCUAUUCAUAAACUUGCAUGCAAGUUUUAAAAAGCAAAUCAGCUUAAGUUGAGUAUUAAAUAUUACACCUGGCUCAAAGAUCCCUGCAUUCUGCCAGAUGAUUUAGCCCUAAUCUCUACAGGAGGUGAAAUGGGUUUUUCCAUGUAUCAGCUAUCCCUCCAUUUCCCCUGAGCUGUUAAGGGAAUGCCAGACUGGAGCCUCUACAUACAGCCAUAAGGACUGCCUUUAGCGGGUCAUAACUUUACAUAACCAGAUGUUUACAGCUGCUGAAUGAAGUUUUCCAUCCCAUCUGUAAGUUGUGGCUUUGUCAUCUGCAUCCCAAGAUAACAUCCCAGUAUCUAGUUCACUGCCCAAGCCAAAACUCCUGAAUUAUCAUUGUUUACCAGUGACUAGCUUAUUCUGUGUAUGUCUGUGAUUUGUAGCAGGAAUGAUUUCAUUGGUGUUCUAAUCCUUCCGGACCGCGCCCCCCCCCCC